AUGCUGCGCAACGUGGUCGUGGCCAAAGAGAUAGACGUCCUGUGGAGUGGGCAUGGGGGGGAGGGGGGCGGAGGAGAAAGGGGGGGAGGAAGAGAGGAUGAGGAUGAGGAGGAGGAGGAGGAGGAGGAGGAGGAGGAGGAGGAGGAGGAGGAGGAGGAGGAGGAGGAGGAGGAGGAGGAGGAGGAGGAGGAGGAGGGUGUUGUCUUGAGCCUCGCCCCAUUACCAAUCCCAUUCCCCGUUCAUCCCCCAUCCCUCCAUCUUCCAUCCCUCUCCCACCCCUCCAUCUUCCAUCCCUUUCCCACCCCUCCAUCUUCCAUCCCUCUCCCACCCCUGCAUCCUCCAUCCAUCCCUCACCCAUAA